AUGUUAUAUUUACCUACUUUAAUUUCAGUAAUUGAAGUUCUAUUAGUCACUGUACCUGUCUUAUUAACUGUAGCUUAUGUUACAGUGGCCGAAAGGAAAACCAUGGCUAGUAUGCAAAGAAGAUUAGGUCCUAAUGCUGUAGGGUACUUGGGCCUUCUUCAAGCAUUUGCGGAUGCCUUAAAACUUCUUUUAAAAGAAUAUGUUUCACCUACACAAGCUAAUUUGGCUUUAUUUUUUCUUGGUCCUAUAAUAACUCUUAUAUUUUCAUUACUAGCUUUAAGUGAUAUUAAUCUGGGUAUACUUUACAUGUUAGCCGUUUCUUCUUUAUCUACCUACGGAAUACUAUUAGCGGGGUGAAGCGCUAAUAGUAAAUAUGCUUUCCUGGGUUCACUUAGAAGUACAGCACAGUUAAUAAGUUAUGAGUUAAUUUUAAGUUCUGCUAUAUUACUUGUAAUAAUGUUAACAGGUAGUUUAAAUCUGACGGUUAAUAUAGAAGCUCAAAGAGCUAUAUGAUUCGUAGUACCCUUAUUACCCAUAUUUAUCAUAUUUUUUAUUGGAUCUAUAGCAGAAACUAAUAGACCACCUUUCGAUCUGGCAGAAGCAGAGUCGGAGUUAGUUAGUGGGUUUAUGACAGAACAUGCUGCAGUUAUCUUCGUAUUUUUUUUCUUAGCUGAAUACGCUAGCAUAGUACUUAUUUGUACUGUUGCAAGUAUGUUAUUUUUAGGUGGUUACUUAUUCAACAUUACGCCUCUAGUUUAUAUAAUACAAUUUUUUGAUUUUGACUUUUGACUAUAUUUAACGAAUAAUGGUAGUGAUACUUAUGUAAUACUUGAUUCUGUAGUUGAAGGACUUCUUUAUGGUCUUUCUUUAGGAUUUAAAUCUUGUGCUCUUAUAUUUACUUUUAUAUGAGUGAGGGCAUCCUUCCCUAGAAUUAGAUUCGACCAGUUAAUGUCUUUCUGUUGAACUGUAUUACUUCCUAUAGUUAUUGCAUUCGUGAUAUUAGUUCCUUGUAUUCUGUAUAGUUUUGAUAUUAUUCCUAGCAAUAUUUCUUUAUUGGCAUUACCUCUAUUAAUACCAAGAGAACUACCAGAAUUACAAACUAAAGCUACGGAGCCUCUAAGGUAA